UUAAAUUUUGCAAUCUCACUCCCUUUAAAUUUACAAACCAAAUCUUCCCCAAAUUUAUUAUAACCGAUGAGUCAUCCGAACGUUUCCAAAACGCAUAAUCAAACCACAUUUUCGGUUAAAAAACGGUUUCAAGUCGGCGUCCGGUGGCGCCCUCUACGAAGAUUCCGUUUUGUAAACUUAACCUAAAAAAUGUUUUGAAUCCAUGCAUCGGUCCAUCGGACAGCGUUAGUUUUGUGGAAACGAUGGCCGGUGUACAAAUUAUUUCAAGUGUAUUGUGUCUAGUUUUUAUAAUUUUGGGUAGCUUUUCUUCAAAAAUAAACGUACCGAGGGUUCUUUUGCCCAUUUUCAAUGACUUUAAUAUGAAGUUUCUGUUGGAGGCAAAUGACGGGGGUUGCUACAAGUGGAGCACUAUCAGAAACGAUCUUAUUAAAUUGACCGCACUUGAUGAAAUUCCAGAGUUUCAGUGCUCGGUGAAGGUUGAAGUUGAAACUAUGACCAAAGAACGUGUAAGAAACAUUGCUGUAGUUCUGGCAGAGGAUGUUCAGACUGGCGAGAUUUUAAAGUGCGAUGUUGUUGUUGACGUGAUAAGUUCCUUAUCAAUUACUACAACAACAAGGGAAUUAUUUAUGGAAGAAGUUCCCGAAGCUUUCCAGUUGAAUGCUUAUGACGCGCUCGGUAAUGAGUUUUCUUCUCUGGAGGGAGUAGAAUUUAACUGGAAUAUAAUUACACUGGGUAAAAAGAAAGAGGCAGUAGUAGUCAGAUAUUUGCCUUUUCAAAAUUCAACAUAUGAAUCACCUCCUGGUAUCCAAGAACUUGAAGACCAGAAUAAAAGGGGAUCAUUUAUUUUACUCGAAGGCGUCAAAACUGGAUCAGCCAAAAUAUCUGUAGAGUUGCCUCAUCCUGAGUACAAAGAUGUAGUAGCAUCUGUAGAAGUAGUUCUAACAGUGAUAGCAAAUUUACUAUUGCUACCUGCAGAAGCAAAUUUGAUUACUGGAGACACCAUAUCGUUUAAUUUAUACCUAAUGCGAAAUGGCAAACUGGAGAGUAUUCCACUACCUGAUUCUCAAUAUUAUUUGGAAUGUGAAAAUACAAACGCAACCCUAUGUGAUAAAUAUUCAAAUGAAGUCAGUGCUGUGGCUCUAGGAAAAGGUCGCGUUUUAUUGAAAAGCACGAGCGUUGAUGACGAUGUCGCUUUAAAAUUACCCACCUCGACCAUUUCUGUCGUCCAACCCAGUUACAUAGUAUUGACAGUUUUACCACACAGAAACUGGGCUAUUUUAGUUGGAGACCAGCAUGAGAUUGUAGCUGAAGUUUUCAGUGGCGAUGAUGUCAAACUUCAUUUGGGCUCUGGCAUCGCAAUGUCAACGCAAGUAGGUGACGGUUUCCAUGUCGAAGAACGAAGUCUGAAUGGAAGCUGGAUCUCAGGUUGGGGUCUUAAAGAGAGCAGAACCAUAGUGUCUGCCAAACUUGAAUCCGUAGUACAUCCUAAACUCGGAGAAUUCAAAUUUGAAAAUCCUAUUAUAUCUCAAGGUGAACUUUACAUCUAUCCUCGCAUCACGAUUUCACCAGCUGAAGUUAUCUUACCCUGGGAUAGUCAGAUCAAACCGAGGUAUGACAUUGACCUAGAAGCCCACGGUGGCGACGGCCGAUUUUUAUGGUCAAGCACCGACCAUUCCAUCGGUUUAGUCAGUCAAACGGGCCACGUCCGUACCCUCACUCAAGGCUUCUUCUCAGUUUCGGCGGCAAUGACACGCAACCAUCACAACCGACAGUACUGCAAAUUUUCAAUUUUGCCACCUGUGCGUUUGGAGAUUGUCGAGUUUAUAAUGGAAGCAGAAGUUAUGGAACCCAUUUACAUCCACGUUGCAUUAUACGCCUUGAAAGUAACCAACGAAGAUGCUACUAGUACCUAUGUGCCAUUUACGCAGUGUCAAGCGCUACCAUUCCAAGUGAGACAAACAGACAGUAAAUUUAUUUACAACAAGACUGCAACGCUGCCACCCGUUGGCAUUUCUUGUGGCAACAUAGCGAUGGUCGGGACGGCUGUGGGGACGACGAAAGUUACAGUUACUUAUUAUCAGGAUAAUCUGCUUCUGGAAGAUUCCGUUACUAUUAGUGCAUACUUUCCGCUCAAGUUGAUUUCGCCUGGUCCUAGACAUCCGGUUGUAUUGGCCGUCGGAAGUAGUGUGCACUUGGUGUUUUCUGGCGGACCACGGCCACAAAUAGGCCGUCAGUCUCAUCAUCAGAGGAUUAUUGUUGUGGAAAAUGAGGGCAUCGUGCAGGCUGAAGAUGUUACGGAACACAACUCCGUGCCUUUGGAGGAUAUUACGAUUCUUUGGGUGUUGUGUCGGAAGUUGGGAGAAACUUACGUGAAGUUGACUAUAAGUAAUACGCCGUCGUUGCCCAAUUGUAAGAGCCAUGGAAGCACUGUGGUUAUUAAGAUAAUUUGCGGAAAACCGAGGCGCCUCCACAUUCAACCAGAAGUAAAAGUAAACGAUGCAAAGUCUUGUCCUAUGGAUUUGAGCGCCGAUCGCGUCGUCAUUCCCAACAAUCAAGAUGUCGAAUUGGACGUCGUAGUCAUCGAUGAACUAGGUCGACCUUUUCUGAACGCCAGCAGCCUACUCUUUGCCUGGGAAUCUAGACCUCCCGGUGAAGUCAAAUUUCAUAAUUUCGAUAGUCUCAUAUCAAAACACGAAAUGUUUGGUACCGUACCCUUGAUCAAUAAAACCCAGCAGAUCAUACGCCCCUAUUUGGAGUCAGGUUUGCUCGAGAUCACCGGCACCAUCCUAGGUUACAAGAUGAAUGUGUUAAAAGUCCACCACAUAACACCCGAAUGGCCCGAAUUCUUAACCUCAAACGAACGAGUAGAAGAGGGUCCAAAGAUAAGUGCCACGAUAGGACUAUUUUUAGUCGACGAUACUGUAGUGAGACCGAAUAUGACACUUAUAUUUAAUCAACCAAACGCAAAAAAACAGAUUGCCGUUAUGCACGGUUCAGGAUACAUAGAGCUGUCGUUAAGUACUGACGAAGUUGCCACUGUCAACUACGUAGAAGGAACUAGAAUGAUCGAAAUCGUACCCAUUACGUCCGGAGAAUUAAAUAUUCAAGUCGUUGAUUUGUGUUUAGUGGCCAAUCCAAUUUUUAUUUUUAUUCGAGUGGUUUCUCUGGGAAAAAUCGAUGUUGAAACACCGGGAAAAGUGGAGAUCAAUCACUGCAUUGAGGUUAUCGUGAAGAUGUAUGACGAGCAGGAACAACUGUUGGAUGUUCACGAUAUGGGUUAUGUCGAUUUGCGGCAUCGGUUUACUAAGGGUGUAGCCAAUUUAGGAAGGAUGCCUCAGAAUGCGGACGAGCCUUGGCCUUUAGGAGAAAUCCACUUUGUUUUAACAGGUGUGGAGGUCGGCGACGCUCAGUUGACUUUCACGUUCGACAAUAAAGACCAAGUAGUCAGCAGUGAACCAGUCGACAUCCAGGUAUUUCCGCCCCUUAGGGUAAACCCUCGCAAUGGGACAAUGCUUGUCGGUUCCACGCUUCAGUUGACACUACAAGGUGGACCACAACCUGACAACACUAUCGAAUAUGAGCCACAUUCUAACAGCACAGUCUCCGUCACUGAUGUGGGUAUUGUCGUUGGAAAAACUUACGGUGUGACUAGGAUCACAGUAAGAUCGAUCGGAAUACAUAUCAAGUCUGGCGAAAAAAUCAUUUUUGCUGAAGACACUAUUGAUGUCAAUGUCAUUCAAAUGACAGGGAUUAAAAUCGCCGCUCCUUUAACGAAAUUCAAAAGUGGGGGUGUAAUCGCGGCUUGGGUCACGGGAAUACCAGAAACUAUUUCUCCGUUAGUUUUGUCUAGCUUUGAAGAUACGUCUUUGAGUUAUGAGUGGUUUUUCUCUGACUAUGAUGCAGCCACUUUUAUUGGUAUAUUUGCUUCUGUGGGAGUUCUUUACAAAAGUUCGGAUAAAGGAGUCGUACGAGUGACAGGCCUACAACCAGGAAGAACUAAACUAAUGGUUAAUGUUACAUUUACUGCGGUUAACGUCCCAGACCCCAUAAUUUACCAUGCUUCUGUGGAUUUGGAAGUAUUUGAGCCACUAGUACUUAUGAAGCCAAAACAUAUACCUGGGAAAUCUCUUCUUAUGGCAAGGCAUUCCAGUAUUCAAUUAGAAACUAAUUUGGAUGGAAGCGCUCAAAUUGAAUAUAGCAUUCCAGAAUUCCGCCUCACCGGCACAGAAUUAUCAGCAAUGAACUCCACACCCAUAGCUACGAUUACAGUGACCGAAAAAGGUCAUUUGACGUCUUACGGUACUGUGGGUUUUGCUCAGUUGCUAGUAACAGCUACCGACGAAUUAGGUUUGAAGCAGACGCUUACUUACGUUGUUGAGGUGAAAGCAGUGCACUACAUGUUGCUAGUAGUAAAAGCAAACUGGCGAAUUCAUCUGGACAGUUCUUUACAAGUAAUACCUCUCGGCACUGAAUUUGAUCUAGUACCAAAUUUCUACGACAACAUUGGAAAUAAAUUUAAUGCCGGCCCAAGACAAGUGAAACUUCGAGCCAAUCGCAUGGAUUUGAUCAAAAUCAAACAAUAUAUGAGUAAUACCACAAUCACUGUGGCGACGAAGAGACAAGGACAUACGGUCAUCAAAGGGUGGACCGAUGGCGUUGACAAUACUGCAGACUAUCUAAAAAUACACUGUAAAGAAGUGAUCAAACCUAUUGUGGACUCUUUGACUAGUGGGGACAUCAUGUGCUUAUGGAGUCCCGUGGUGACGAGACACUUGCAGGUCGGAGCUUGGAGCAGCAGCGAUACUAACAUGAUUACUAUUGAUUCAACGAUCGAUUUGGCCUUUGUUAUUGGAAACAAAGAAGGAACCGUACUUCUUACACAUUCGUUGCACUCGAACGUACCGCUUCGCAUGCAAGUUCUUCCUGUUGCUGAAGUCACUCUAUAUCCCGAUAAAACUCUGUUUUUCACGAAUGGAGCCGAAGGAACGAUGCACAAAAUCGGAGUAGUUUUGAAAAGUCGAGUGGGGCCACCAGAUAAACGAAACAAUUUGAUCCAAGGUUGGCUGUGUGAUCGUGCCUUUCAUCGAUCGAUUGUACCAACACCUUUUCGCUGCUUCGUGAAAUUUACCAACGAGACGGCUGAACUAGACGCUAAUGUUAUAUUUAAUCUACAAAGUGGUUUCACUUCGGAUUUAGGUCAAUAUCAUUGCAAAGUUGUAGCGACAGGAUCCAACACAUCGGAAGUUAGUCUUCUGAGGACAAAUGUGUCAUUUUGGGCUAUUUCCGACGAAGGGGAAAUCGAGUCUGAACCAUUGAUACUGCCUUUUAUUCCAACACCUUAUGUGCCUCCAGAGUUACCUAUCGGUGACAACGGAAACAUUGGAGAACUUGUUAUUACAGGAUUAGACUUUGUGUUAAGUCAAGUUGUGGCGCAAGCAGCUGAUACGAGUAUAAUUUACUUAGGUAAAGGACACCUCAUUGACGAGAAUCAUAAAGUAUUCCAAGUGCAUCUAGUAGACUACCAUCCGAAGUUUGCUGAUCAAGAAGACACCAUGGGAAUUUUAGUCAGAUCACCAAUGACCGACCAAGUUGCAAGGGUUAUGGUCAAAGUGUCCAAUAAAUAUCGAGACGACAUCUGUAUGAGCAAGUCUCCUAUAUUCAGAUUUAUUCAAUAUUACAAACAUGCAAUCAUUAUUGUGACUUCAAUGUUGAUUAUUUUCUGCAUCACGUGUUAUAUUUAUUCACGUUAUAUGCAACCUGUGGUCAACGUUAAUGUACAUCCAAAUCGAUCACUUUUGGGAGCAGCGGGCCACAUCCAACCGGCUAUUUACCCUCCAACAUCCACUCCUGUGGGUAUGAACAGAAGCGGUUUGCUACAGCCGACAAUUCCGAGGCUGUCUCCUACCUCACCAAUUUGUACAAGCAAAACCAAUUGCACAUGCGGAAAAGUGCGGGAACCUGUGUAUGGUGACAUCAGUUCGUUUGCAAUGAACAGUCCAGAAUUACGAAGAAAUCGUAGAUUUUUGUGAAUAAUGUGUUCAGUUAGAAGAUUGUAAAUUACCCUAGGUUGUUUUGUACAUACUCAAAAUGUGCCAGUCUUUUGUACAUACCCUUGUUAUGAAGUACGUUUCUUUUUAGAGAGGAGGCCCGAAUUUACUGUACUUAUUUUUUUACGAAAAUACAAACAUUUUUUGGUACAAUUUU